GAUUUGUUCACCAAGGUCAAUUGUACCUACUGUCAAGAAGAAGUAAACACAGUUCGAGUGAAGUGUUGUGUUUGUCAGGAUUUUGAUCUGUGUCUUCAGUGCUUUUCGGUCGGCGCUGAAAUAGGACCUCAUCGUAAUGACCAUUCUUACAAAUUCGUGGACCAUUGUGCAGCCACUAUUUUCGGUGGCAGAGGUGCUUGGACAGGAAAAGAACAUUUACAGUUAUUAGAUGCUGUGGAAUUAUAUGGCUUUGGUAACUGGGAAUUAAUAAGUGAACAUGUAGAAACUCGGACAGCAGAAGAAGUUAAAGAGGAAUAUAUAGCACGCUACCUCGAUGGGAACAUUGGAAAAGCCACUUUGGCCAGUGUUACUGCAAACCAACUAACUUUAACUGACCAUGUCUCAGAAGAUGAUGGUCCUUUAUCACCUUCUGUCACCUCCAGGUUACCACCAUUGGAUGUGACACUCGAGGAAGCUAGACUUUUAGGCUAUAAACCUCAUAGGGAUGACUAUGAAAGGGAAUAUAACAUGGAAGCAGAGCAGUUGGUGUCGAAACUAGUCUUGGAUCCAGAAGAGGAUACAGAGAUGGAAAUAGUAUUAAAGUUGGCUAUAGUGGAUAUGUAUGCCAGAAGAUUGAGGGAGAGGGCGCGUAGGAAACGAAUCGUCCGAGAUUACCAACUGGUGGCCAAAUAUUUCGCCAACAUGAGGAAGGAUCCUACCAAAAUGCCGCAAUUAACAAAAGAUCAACGAGAGAUGCGGGAUAAGAUGCGCGUUUUUUCGCAAUUCCUUUCGUCUGGAGAGCACGAUCGUUUGAUCGCCAGCCUAGAGAGAGAGAAAGAACUGAGACUUAGAUUGUCGGAAUUGAUGAAAUAUAGAAGUUUAGGACUUACGACCCAAGAAGAAAUCAUCCACUAUGAGCAGCACGUUGCCCACGAACGGCAAACGCAGCUAAGGCAGAACAAAUCUGGCAGCAGUGGCUAUGUACCCCGGGAGUUCCACCCCCAAAACGGAAAAAGCAUCGAGGCAGACACCGAUUCCACCGAAAGAAAACCCACGUGGGGACAAAGCGACGAAUGCGACACCAACAACUUCUCCUCCAACAACAACUCGAACUUGGAUAAUUCUCCCGCCGAUCCCUCGUCCUUGCGUUACUGUCCCAUGGGCAAUUUGUUGUCUGAAAAUGAAAUACACCUUUGUGCAAGUUUAAAAAUUCUUCCCGUCCAUUAUUCGACGUUGAAAUCUUUGAUAAUACAGGAUAACCUAAUGUCUCCCGAAAAAUAUCGAAAUAUCAGUACAGACGCCGACUCCCCUGAUAUUAGUACAAAAGAGGCUGUCACGAAGUACCUGAGCUACAGUGGGUGGCUACCGAACGCGUCUUUCUGA